AUGAGCGCUAAAUCCUCCAGCGCUAAACCCUCCAGAGCUAAACCUUCCAGCGCUAAACCCUCCAGCGCUAAACCCUCCAGAGCUAAACCCUCCAGAGCUAAACCCUCCAGAGCUAAACCCUCCAGAGCUAAACCUUCCAGCGCUAAACCCUCCAGAGCUAAACCUUCCAGAGCUAAACCCUCCAGAGCUAAACCCUCCAGAGCUAAACCUUCCAGCGCUAAACCCUCCAGAGCUAAACCCUCCAGAGCUAAACCUUCCAGCGCUAAACCCUCCAGCGCUAAACCCUCCAGAGCUAAACCCUCCAGCGCUAAACCCUCCAGAGCUAAACCCUCCAGAGCUAAACAUUCCAGCGCUAAACAUUCCAGCGCUAAAUCCUCCAGCGCUAAACCCUCCAGAGCUAAACCUUCCAGCGCUAAAUCCUCCAGAGCUAAACCCUCCAGCGCUAAACCCUCCAGAGCUAAACCCUCCAGAGCUAAACCCUCCAGAAGCUAA